UGUUUGAUUGUUCAUCCCGCUGUUGCCUUCUAGUUUGUGCUUGAGUGAUCAAGUGUUUUGUGAAGUGAAGGGCUUGUCAUGAGCCAUUUUGUGACUCUUCAUGUUUUCGAUGUCAGACUUCAGCCAACAGAAAUGGAGACCCUGGAUUUGCUGUGGAACUGUUUGGUGUGCAAGUGGGACCUGAGGAGGAGAGACCCCAGAAUGCUACCUUGCCUUCAUUCCUUCUGUAAGGACUGUCUUCCGGAUUUGAUUCAAGGAUACAGCUAUAUUCCCACUCAGUAUGAAGUUCUGUAUGAAGGUAUCCUUUCCUGUCCUGUGUGCAAACAGACCUGCUUUGCAAGGGAUGUAGUUGAGAAUUUCUUCCUCCAGGACUUUGCGACUGGUGAUUCAGCCAUGGCAAAGAGCUGCUCCAUGUGUAAAGAGAAGAGACCUGCUCACAGCCUCUGUACCAGAUGCAAUAAGUGGCUGUGCAGUUCAUGUACAGAGGAGCACAGACAUGGCAAGGAAACUGGAGACCGCUUCCUGUCUGUAUCCCUGAAAGGCUGCACAGCAACUGAAGAUGAAGCAAGCGAGUUCUCCUUAUUUUGUCCAGUGCACACUCAAGAGCCACUCAGGCUGUUUUGUGAGACCUGUGACACCCUGACCUGCCGCAGCUGCCUUCUGGCAGAGCAUAAGGAACACAGGUUCAGACAUCUUGAGGAAGCUCUGCAAAACCAGAGAGUUAUUCUGGAAAAUGUUGUAACUAAAGUGGAAGAGAAAAAAAGUGGGAUUCAGGUUUCAGCUAAACAGAUUGAAGACAGGUUGCUUGAAGUAAAACAUUUGUACAAAAAAGUAGAAAACCAAAUAAAAAUGGCCAAGAUGGUUCUGAUGAAUGAAAUCGAUAAACGAACAAACAUCCUUCUUGAACAACUUGAAAAGAUCACCAGUGAAAGGAAGCAGAAAUUGGAGCAACAACUGCAAGGUGUUGUGGUUUUAGGCAGACAGGUAGAACACGUUCAGAACUUCAUCAGCUGGGCCGUGUGCAGUAAAAGCAGCAUCCCAUUUCUCUUCAGUAAAGAACUGAUUGUAUUUCAGAUCCAGCGUUUAUUAGAGACAAACUGUAACACAGACAUAGGCCCUCCUCUGAAGAUCAGAUUUACCUGGGAUCCCUCCUACUGGACUAAACAACUAUCCAAUAUGGGAGGUUUCACAGUGGAAGGUGGACACAUUUCUCACUCAGAUAUGCUACUCUGUGGAAAUGUUCAAGGGUUACAAACCUCUUUGUAUCAUGGGCACCAUUCAUCAGCACCGCAGCUGGAGCCCGUGAAUAGCCAGGCACAUCCAUUUCCACCUGCAGUUCAGUGUUCUGCACCUGUGUGUUGCUCACACUGCCUCAGCAUUCCACACCCGAACAAAGCUCAGCCUUCUUACCAGGACAUAAACCACCAUAAAAAUUUUCGACAACCUCCCGAAAUGCAUCAGCAGCACUUUCCUCUGCAGUACAGCCUGCAGCAGCAACAUGACAAAGAGCAGAGGGGUGCCCCCCAACCUGUGAAGCUAACGCAGUCAGGGCUGGAACAGCAGUCACGGUCGGAGCUGGAGAAUGCAUCUGGGAGGAUGGGGAAGCACUUACCACCCCAGCAGCUGCAGCAAACCGCACCCCUGGGUUAUGCUGUUGUGUCCCAUGAGGCUCAGCAAGUUCACCCAAGCCAUCCACAGUCAUUCCGCACACAGGCUUCUUUGCAGUCAUCGACUGGGCAAGCGCAGCUCGGUCACCUCCAGAAGAUAAAAUCCAACCACUUGCUGCAGCCACCCUCACAGCAGCAGCAGCUGCCUCUGCCAUCACCACCAUCGGGUCAGAGUGAGAGCACCCACAAGCAAGUCAUCCAACAGAGCCUGGACAUCAUGCACCACCAGUUUGAACUGGAAGAGAUGAAAAAGGAUCUGGAACUUCUUCUUCAGGCCCAGGGACAGCCCAGCUUGCAGCUGAACCAAGCCAAGCCACCUCAGCACGUUCAACAGACCAUAGUUGGUCAAAUCAACUACAUAGUAAGGCAGCCAGCGCCAGUGCAGCAGCAAAGCCAGGAUGAAGCACAUGUCUCUGAGAGCUCCACAGAACCUGAUGCCCAGAAGCCUGUCAUUUCUCUUGACAAAAGUGAUAGUCCCUCCCUGUCACAGUCACUAGAUGAAGAAGCCAGUGUCAGCAGUCACUCCCCUGCAAGCACACUCCAGCAAUCAGCUUUCCAUCCAGUCAGAAAGCAUUCAGCAUCCUUAAGCAUCGUGGGCUUUUCAAACGAUUUGGAAAUGGAAUUACCUCCGACAAGGCUUUCUAGCUCGGCUGAUCCACAGGUGAAAGGUGCAGCUGCUGUAACACUUGGCCCAUCCCCAAAUGCCCUUUGUGACUGUGAUGCUCCACAAGAACCAGUGCCCAGCUACAGCCUGGCAUUGGGCAGAGCUCCAAGUGACCUGAGCCCUGGGAAUCCUGCUGGCUUUGCACCAGGUGAUGCACUGCAGGGCAGCACCAAAUGCAAGCUGGAAAAUGAAGACUUCAGUACUGUAGAUUGUCUUCUAGAAAACAGCUUGGCUACUGCUGGGCAAGACGUAGUUAAUGAAUUAACUCUUUCUAUGCAAAAAGUGAUGGAAGAACCUAUUAAUCUUUCAAUCAAAAAAUCUCAGCAUUGCACUUCUCCUUCUGAACUGCUCAGCAACACUGUUUUCCUACCUGUGAAUACCAGAAUGAGACAACUUAGAAGCGAAGAAGAUUCCAAUGACUGUGAAAAGGAACAUUUUGAAAUGGAUAUGAAAAGCAAUCAGAAUGUCAGAGCUGGCCCCAAGGAGCAGAAGAUUCCCUUUGUGAGACUGGAACGUCUGAAAAUAUGCACAUCAGAAGUCGGGGAGCUGCCGGUGUUUAAGCUCCAGCCACAGGACAAUGAGCAGGAGGGCAAUUUCCUCCUCGUAAUUGAAUGUGGGACACGGUCUUCAAGUAUGUCUAUAAAGAUAAAUAAAGAUAGUCCACCUGAAGGAAUGCAGUCUAAAGAAGAAAACUCAGAGGACAGGAAAUUUCUCAUAUCCCAGGCUGCAGGACAGACACCAUCUCCCCCUGUAGAUACUCUGUCUGUUGAUCAGAAGCUCAGCAAUGGCAUCUCCAGCAUGAAAAAAUCUCCAGUUACUCAGGAAGUCAGCCCAAUUGAAAAUGAGGAUUUCUGUGCUGUGUGUCUUAACGGAGGAGAACUGUUGUGCUGCGAUCACUGCCCCAAGGUUUUCCAUCUCUCCUGCCACGUUCCAGCCCUGCUCAGCUUUCCAGUGGGAGAGUGGGUGUGCACCCUUUGCCGUAAUCCAGUGAAGCCUGAGGUAGAAUAUGACUGUGAAAACACACGCUACAGCCACAGCUAUAAUGUACAAUAUGGCCUUGAUGACUGUGACCAGAAGAAGUGUGAAAAGCUGGUGCUUUCCCUGUUCUGCAGUAAUAUGAGCCUCCCGUUCCAUGAACCUGUCAGUCCCCUGGCUCGGCAUUAUUAUCAGAUCAUCAAAAGGCCAAUGGAUUUGUCAACCAUACGAAAAAAGCUGCAGAAAAAGGACAAAUCCCACUAUGCUGCACCUGAGGAGCUUGUGACUGACGUGCGUCUCAUGUUUUGGAACUGUGCAAAGUUCAAUUAUCCAGAUUCAGAGGUUGCUGAGGCUGGACGAUGCCUGGACGAAUUCUUUGAGGACAAACUGAAGGAGAUUUAUCCAGACAGGCAUUUUCCUUCGAUGCAACAAGAUGACUCUGAUGCUGAAGAAGUGGAGAGCCAGAACAGCAAAAUGCCGCCCCAGGAUUUUCAGUGGCCGUCGUACGGACAGGAGUGCGUUCAGCCCAAAAGGAAACGCCGCCAUGCUGAAAGUGAAAAAACUAAAAGAAUGAUGUUUCAGCCAGCUAACAGCCUUCCUCAGGUAUGACCUCCUCAAGAGAUGAGAUUUGCUAUGAGGAAUCCAGAAGCAUAACUGACAGAGUUAAGGUGUGUGGGAGGAAAGCAAAGCACUUGGGCUGUUUAUUUAAACUCUCCUAUUCUGCUGACCAUAUGCCUUAUUUCUAAAUCUUGUGGAUAGAUAACAGAUCCAAAAUGUUUGAAUCUGUCAAUAUUCAAUCUGUCAAAUCACAUAUAUGUUUUGCAGUGUUUACACUGAAGUACUAAUGUUUUGGUCAUAGUUAAUGAUGAAUAAUAAUAAAAACAUACUAAUAAUAUCUAAUACUGCAGUACCAUUUUAUAAUCUGUUCAAUGUGACAUCUCUGUUUUAUAGAGCACAGGUAACCAUGUAAUAAUCUUGCAGCCUCAGUGUGAAUGUUGGCCAUGCUUUGUGGUAAAUACAUGUAGUCAUUAAGGCUGUAAUCCUGUUGUCUUAUUCAAUGAUUUUUCUGGGAGCUUGACUGCUCAAAGCUUAUGAGAUACAGUAUAAUGUGAUUAUCUGAUUAGCUAUUUCUUUUGAAGCAGAGCAUUUUUAUUAAAUCACAAAACAGCAAGUGCUAAUAGUGCUAAUGCUAGGGCUCUGUGUGAACUGUUUCUGAGUGCAUACUGGAUGCUCUGUUUGCAAGGCAUGAUUCUUCUGGAAUCUAAUUCAUGCUUGGUAAAGCAGUGUGGGAUUUCUUGGGUCUCAAAGGUAGCAUUUUUAUACAACACAGGCCAGUUGCUUUUCUAUAAAGCAGAUACUGGAAUUCGGUAAAUUAACUAUGCAGUGAAUUACAUGGUUAUAGAAGUGCCUAUAAAAUGAUGUCAUAUAUUUCUGAUUUUCUCUUUGCUUAUUUCUUGUAGUUGUGAUUACCAGCAGUACUAGAAGAUGAUGAGAAUGUAUAUAUGUAGAAGCUCAAACAGAGUGAAAGGAUGUCUAAGCUGAGGAGGUUUUUUGCUAAAUUUCACAAUGUAUUGGCAGAAUGCCACCAGGAGCAAGUUUAGAGUUCACUUGAACAAAGAUUGCAUGAAAUUAUAAAGUCUUAAGGGUGGGAUAGGUAACAUGACAUCACACCUGAACAGAGUGAUAAGCCUGCAAGUUGCUUCCCAGCUCUUCCAGAAGCAGGUGAGCCACAUUUUUGCAUGGCCAAUGCUUUCUUCAUGUGUGUGAGGGGUAUCUUCCUCCUUGAAACUCUGCCUAAUCUGGGCUGAAGUCCAACUCUGAGAGAGGAAGUUGUUGCAGAUCUCAAAAGCAAUUAAAGUUCAUUUUAAUUAGGUUCCUGUAAAUAAAGAUAAUAUUUUCAGCAUAGUUUAUAUGGGCUAUUUGGUCUGCUAACCAUGUAUGUUAUUUUAGAUAACACUUUAAAGUAAAGGUUUAUAUAUGAAAUAAUAAGACAUGAAUGUUAUAUUCUUCUCUGUGUGACUUACUGUUUGUUGUUAACGGUAGUGAGCCAAUGUUUUCUCUUCUUUGAAGAAAUGAAAAUCUGGAUAUUAUAAACUGACUGGAAAACUGUGAGAUGAAGAGACAGCCUUUUCAUUUUCUAUAUAUGAAUUUGUAUAUGUUUGCUUUCUGUCUCCUGUUCUCAAAACAGUAUCUUGGCACAGGGAAAUGAGUGCAGGUUUGUCACUGAAUUAAUCACCCUUAUCUGUGUUACAGGUGUCACUUUUUCUCGGUUCUCCACCAAAGACCUAUCUGUUUUUUACCGUUAAUAGUGCAAAAAUGAUAUGCUGUCUAGCUUUCAUCUAGGGGCAGUUCUAGAAAUGGAAGAGACUAUUGACAACUUCCUCUUUUCCUAGAGGAGCAGAGUCAACAAGAGCCUCCUUCUGUUUCUUAAAGGCUGUUUGUUAACUGUACCAUUAGUUUUGGAGAACAUAUGUUUAUAAUAAAAUUCAUAGAGGAUAUAUUAUGCUUUUAUUAAAAGUAGAAAUUUGCCAGUUUGUCACCAUAUAUAAGAUAUCCUUUGUGUGUGUGCUGGCACGACUCUAUGACCUAAGCACUCUUAAGGCUAACUUUGAUUCCGAUUGCUUCACUAAGACAUAGUAACUGUUAAAAAAAAACAACCUCAUAAACUUCAUGUCAUGUUAGUAAGCAGAAGAAAACCUGAACUCGUAGGAAUGACUUUCAAAUACAGUUCUCUGGGUCACCAACUUCACAACACAGUGCAUGUCAUAAGAACAAUGUUAUCCAUCUUGGAUGUUGCCUUAAAAUUGCUGGCUUGUGGUGUUCCCACUGCUGGAAACCAUACCACCAGCACCCAUAAAUUCUUGCGGAGUUUACCCUGUCAAAGUCCAGUUGCAAACUGGUAACAGCACUGGCCAUUAUGAAAGGAAGGGUCUCUCUUCUAGAAUUUAACAGCCCAUGUGGCCCGAAAGAGAAGUGAGGGAUUAUGUAGUUACCUUUUCUUCUAUCACACAUCCUGUUUCACAAUCCAGAAUGUGUAGGAAAAGAAGCAAGGAGGAACACCUGAAGUUUUCCUGUGGAAGUAAGUAUAGCAGAAACAAAUGCCAGAAACUCUGGCAAAUUCACUCGGUCCUGCAAAUGUAACCAAGGGCUAUGUGUAAUGGGUUACAUGUAGAAUGGGAAAAUCCUUUAUGUAUUUAAAUAGUUGGAAAAGAGAUUAAUUCAGUAAUAGGUCUGUUAAAUAAGAAAUUUGAAUUUCAUUCCCCCACAGACAAUUUCAAAGACACACUUCAUCCAGUAUCAUGAAAGAAUGGCAUUACAGUUAAUACAAACAGGUGUUUAACAAUACAGAUUAAUGAAUGACUGCAUGUUUAUAUGUGUAAUGUGCAUUGCUGAACAAUAAAAUAUGUGAAAUGCA